GGUUUUUAGGUUAUAUUUAUUAUAUGUAGUGUAGUUGCAUUUGGGUUAUUUUUAUUUACGGCGCAAAAUGAAAGUCUAGAAAAUAAUGAAAUAAGUAGAAAUUGAAUUCCGUAAUUAGUUUAUAAAGAAGCAAAUAGGAUUUAAUUUGUAAAUAGUGAAGAAUGUCAUCCAAAUUACCGAAAACUACUUUGAGUUUGAAACAGUUUCUUCUUCGCCAAGAAGUGUUGAAGUUAUACAGACAAAUCUUUAGAACACUCAGACAAAUUCCUGAUGAGACUACAAAGGCCGACCUAAGGGAAUGGGCUAGAGCAGACUUCAGGAACAACAUGCACCACAAAGAUGAAACCACCAUCAAAGUCAUGCUCCAUCAUGGACAAAAAUCUUUGAAAGAUUUACAAAAAUCCUUGUCUUUGAGUAAAAGUUGAAUAACUGUACUAGUAUUAAAUGCAUGUAGAAAUCUGUGAUAGUGUACCGAACAUUUGAAUUAUUUAAAAAAGGUGUCAAAAAUGAAACCAUGUUUAUAGUACAAAACUUUUAUUUCAUUACAUGUUUACAACUAAAA